AUGCCCGGUGGAUUUCACAAGGAUGCUCCCAUCUCCUGCAUUGUGAUCAGUGGCAAAAGGAAACCUGCUGUGCUGCAGCGUGAGCCUCCGGUCCCGCUGCUGGGCACCGCCGGGUGCAGCCCGGCUCCGUCCUCUGCGCAGCUCCCUGUACGGACCGAUGGCCGCGCCCGGGAUCGCCCCGAGCCUCCUCUUCUGCAGGCUGAGCCGCCCCAGCUCUCCCGGAAUCCCACCCCAGCCAUUUCCCACGCGGUGCCGAGGAGGGAGGGGACGCGGGGGGAGCGACGGGGCCGGCGCUCGCAGUGCUACGACACGGCCGUUUGCGCCGCCCCGUCCUUACCCGGCGGUGGGUACGGGGACGGGGCGGCUUAUUGGAGCUGCAGAAACGACCGCGGGCAGAAGCGCCGAGAAACGAACGGGAAACGUUUAAUCCACGAACGCACACAGCGACAAACAGAGAAACGACCGCGUUGCCAACCGGCUCCCGUACAAACGGCGACUCUGGAGGACGGCUCGGUGCCGGCGGGGGAUGGACAGGCCCCGCGCCGCCUUCCUCCGACCGCCCGGCGUCCCCGAGGCACGGGGCGGGCGGCGGCGCAGCGCCGCUUUCCCCGCACGGAGCCCCGCGGCUCCGCCGCCACUGCAGAAGGGGCCGGGCGCUGCGCGCGGGGUCCUUUCCGCCCGCUGUCGCGCCGUCAUUGCGUCAUCACCGCGCGUCCCGCAGGGCCCCGGCCCGGCUGCCCGCGGCGAUGCCUGCGGUUGUUGCGUUGCGGGAACUCAGCGCAGCCUGCAGAGAGCGGUCCGGCGGCACGGGAAGAUGGAGGCCGUGCGGUGCGAGUGCCUCAGCGGUGUGUGCAGCCCGCGAGGAGCCGAGCGGGGCCGGGAAGAGGAAGCCGUGAGAGUCCCGGGGAGGGACGCGCGAUGGCAGCGUCAGCGGCGGGCUCGGCUGCUGCCUCCUCCGCUCCUGACGCCGCGCGCUGGCGCACUUUGAGAAGCGCCCAGAAGCCGGAGCCCGCUGUCACAUCUGUGGGGUUCCACGGAACGCGCAGACGUGGGCUGCCAGCUGCUGGUGGACCUGAAUGAGAAGAGAUUGACCCAAAACUCGAAUGAUGAGGACAAUGCACGUCUGCUUUUCCUGCUUGAGAAAAUCCAACUGAAUGCCAGCUCACAGAGGAAGUAUUUUUCCAGAUAAACUCUCUGGGCAUGCUGUUCUCUCCUGGUUGAACCCAAAGGUUCCACCCAUGCAGAGGUUAUUCCUGUGCCCGUCUUCCAAAGCCCAGGCUCCAUGAAGGCACAGAUGAAGAUGCCAUCACUGACGGCUUGACCAAACUCAAUGCUUCCCAACGUCAGCGAGUUCUGAUCACCUACAAGAGCACUCCUGCAGGGUUUGAUCGAUGACUGGAAGUGACUUGAAGCUGAGUGGGAAUUCUGAGAGGGUGAUGAUUGGGAUGAUGACUGCCAGCACCGUGUGUGACGUGCAGAACUAAGGAGGGCUGUGAAGGUUUGGAAGUCUUCCUUUCGAAUGGCUCAAGUUCUGGCCAAGGACUUGCUGCUUUGUUAUGUAUGCCUUCUUAUUUAUUAACUCUUAAAGAAACCUGGCUGCACGUCACAAGCAGGUGCUGGUAUCUGAAAUCUUGCUUGGCGAUUCCCUAGGGAGCAGGAACAGGUGAAGGCUGCCUGAUUGAAAUUCUGGCUUCUCGCACCAGUGAAGAGAUUGGUCGCAUUGAUGAGAACUGCGAGCUUCAAGGAGCCCAAAGCACACCUGAGCUGCGUUUCGCUGUGUUUGUGAGCUGUGUUCCCUUUGAAGGACUCCAUUAUCCAUCUCCAGCACCCGUUCCUGAAUGGGGAGUUCUCAGGAGUUGCUUCCAGUAGAUGCUCUGGUGAACCGAGUCUUCUCUCCUUGGGUCCUUGCAGGGAACAGAGGUCAGUUGUCCAUCUCAACAUCCAGCGCAGGAACAACAUUUCAUUCCCACAGUGCAUAAUGCUGUGAAGGCAUCGCAGGCCGCCCGCUCGUCUCCGCUGUGCUCAGGGGCUUUGCUGAGCUGCAGGCCCAGCGCUGCAGCCCCACAGCGCAGCCUCACGUCUGGUGACGGACUGCAGCUGGAAAACCCUGGCAGCGGAGGACGCUCCUGCCCCACAGAAGGACUCGCAGCUCCAGCGCCCUCAGUGCUGGAAGGAGGCUGCGGUGCCUCCACGCGAUGGAUGCGGUCCACCCGACAGCUCGUGUGGCUCACCGUGCGAGGCCAGCAGGAAGAAAGGUGGGCACGGGAUUAUCAUGAGCUCUAGAUAUGCAGCUAAAAGAGUCUGAAAACCAGGAGUCCAAACCCUUGUCUGUGGAAGGCCCACCUAGUUACCCAGCUCCUGAGCAAAGAAAAGGAAGAAUCAAGUCUUCAGUCAGCACACACACUCCAGUCAGUCAGCUCCGCAAUAAAAGCUACCUUUUCCAUGCACCUCCA